GAAAAACAGACGAGCGUCACUCCAAACGACAAUUGGCCUCCCCCCUCCGACCAGCGCAUAUCUUUUUCGUCUCUAUUUCAGUCCCUCAUUCGCCAACCGAAUUAAAAACGGAAAACCAAAUCUUAUAAAACCGCAAACAUGUCCUUCCGAGGUGGUGGUCGUGGUGGUGGUCGUGGAGGAGCUGGUGGCUUCCGAGGUGGACGUGGAGGAGGUUUCCAGCAGAGGGAUAUGGGCCCGCCUGCGCAGGUUCUAGAAAUGGGCAAAUUCAUCCACGCCUGCGAAGGCGAAAUGGUCUGCGAAUCCAUCAACCCCAAAGUCCCCCACUUCAACGCCCAAAUCUUCCUCGAGAACAAGACGGCCGUCGGCAAAGUCGACGAGGUCCUCGGCCCCAUCAACCAGGUCUUCUUCACCAUCAAGCCCUCCGAGGGCAUCCAGGCCGCCUCCUUCAAGGAGGGCGACAAGUUCUACAUUGCCCCCGAGAAGCUGCUGCCCCUCGAGAAGUUUUUGCCCAAGCCCAAGCCCCCUCCCGGUGCGCCCAAGCCCAAGCGCGCUGGCGGUGGUGGACGUGGUGGCCCUCGUGGCGGCGGUCGCGGCGGCUUCUCUCGCGGUGGACGCGGCGGUGCUGGCGGUGGUUUCGGCGGCCGUGGUGGCCGUGGUGGAAGCGGUGGUUUCUCUCGCGGCGGUGGUCGCGGAGGUCCUCGCGGUGGAAGCGGUGGCUUUUCCAGGGGCGGUGCCGGCGGCAGAGGACGUGGUGGCUUCAGCAGGGGUGGCAGCUGGUAAAGCAAAAGAGAAUUGGGAAAACUUUUAGAAUCCAUGGUACUCAUACCAAUGCCAUUUCCUCUUUUUUAAGCUCAGCGGCAGCAGGGAAACCCCCUCUCCACGAAUGAAAAAAAAAGGAUAAGACAAGGGCGGCGGAGAUCGAUCUUUUGGUUUGGAGAAAGGGGAGGGAAGAAGAUGUUUUAUAUGUACAAAGGGCUUUUUUCACGGCGUUUUUUUACUGGCUCGGUUUAUUCCUCCGUCGUACCUGAAUUUAGUUUUUUCUCGUCAUUCUUCGGUUUCACUCCCUUUUCUUCUUCCCUACUUGUCAAACAACUGUCACUCUUAAAAGGUCUUGGCACAAUGGCAAAUCUCAUGAGGUAGCUCCAACGCGAGUCUCCUAUCAACUCAGGGAUGGCGAAGAAUUUAUAUACGAGAAAGAAUUAAGUCUUUUCAAAACAAGAAUACCAAUGCAACCUAGGCGUAGGCGUAGGCAAACAUCAU